ACACUAGGACUCGGCGCUGAUUGGCUGGGCUUACGGGUUGUAGAGUCCGGCAAAGUGUCGAACUGAAGACUGAACAGACGAGGAAGUACUUUUUCAAAUGGAAAUAUAUUAAAGCAUAGUUUUAAUUUCUGUUGCCUAACAGAGGGAGAAGCGAUGCCCACCCAACCCCCUGUGAGGGAGCCCGAGGAGGAGAUGGAGGCAGAAGGAGAGUCACAGCUCCCUGAAGCCAAUGGAGAGAUGGAGGAGCCGAGAGAGCAUGAAGGAAGGGGAGGUGGAAGAGCAGAGGAGACCUUGGAGGAGAGCAUGGAGGAAAGGGACAGUGAUUUAGAAGAGAGUGAAGAGGAAGAAGAAGAGGAGGAAGAAGAGGAGAGUUCAGAGAUGGAUGAUGAAGACUGUGAGCGGAGGAGAGGAGAGUGUCUAGAUGAGAUGCUGGAUCUGGAAAAACAAUUUCAGGAGCUGAAAGAGAAGCUGUUUCGGGAGCGGUUGAACCAAGUGAAAGUGAAGUUGGAUGAAGUGUUGACAGGGAAGGCCGGAGAAUACAGGGAACCACUGGCUGCACUACAAGACAACAUGCAGAUACGAACACAAGUGGCUGGAGUGUACAGAGAGCUGUGUCUGCAGGUGAUCAAACACAAGUAUGAGUGUGAAAGACAAGGAGCAAGGCAGCACCUGGAGAGUGAGCAGACACUGCUGUUUGACGCCAUGAAGACAGAGCUGCUUGAAAAGAUAAGGACACUGGAGGAAGACAGACAGAAUAUAGAUCUGACCUCAGAGUGGAGCGAUGAGAUGAAGAGCAAGAAGUGUAAAAAGAAAAACCUCCUGGGUCAGUCGGAGAGAAAAAAGAAAGUUGCUCUUGUUUCAGGACCUUUUAUCGUCUACAUGUUGAGAGACAUUGACAUCCUUGAAGACUGGACUGCUAUCAAGAAGGCGAAAGCAGUACUGUCGCCUCUCAAAAAGAAAGGUGAAAAGCGGUGAAAAUAGGAGGAGCAGACCAAGCGGCAGAAAAACAAGCUUAACACGCACACACACACACAUUCCCAGCUACUUCCACUAACAGUUGUGGUUUUGUCCCAGCUGAAGCCCAGCAGACUGUUGUGUUGUUUUCUCGGCACCUUUGACCCCAGCGACAACCACCCUUUCUUGUUUGUUAUCUAUUGCUAUUUAAAUAAAUUCUUAAUGAUAUGACAACCAUGUAUUUAUAGAAUGAUUUAUAAUGGUGAUUAAAAUUUUAAUCUUUUGUGACA